CUAACUUCCGUCCACUAUGAUCAUUGUAUGAUAUUGUUUGUUUAGAUCUAGUGGCAAAAAUUCGUUUAUUAUUGGACUCUUUAUUUUUUUUUACCUUCAAGAAACUUUUUUGUAUUAAUAUUUAUAGACUGCAUAAUUUUUGUGUGAUUAUCAUACCGUAUUCCAUUCUAGUUUAUCGAUUAAUUAUUUUAAAAUGAAAAUUACAUAUAAGUAAAUUCUGGAAAUGUUUUUGAUAUUAUAGAUAUUUCUGUCGAUAAAUGUUUUCGUAAAGCAGUUUACAUUUUAUUUUUAUUUAAUGGCGAUAGCAACAUUAUUGAAUAAUGUUUGUCGUUGUGCGGCAAUGAACUUCACAGUUUACAAUUUACAUCCGUCAAAACUGUCAAGUCAAUUUUUAAAACGACUUUAAUUUCUGUUGUCAGUUAAGAAUUUUGUGUUUAAAUUGUUUGUGUAACAUUUUGAUUACAAUACGAUAAAUACAUUAAUUUCAGUUGAAAUUUCGCGAUAACAAAUGGCUAACCCCUCCAGGUGUAACUUGGGCAUAGGCCGGGGUAGGGGACGAGCCCACGGCGCGACGCCAGACGCUGCAGUGAACCAGCAGCCUCACAUCAAGCCAGACAGUGGGUUUGCUCAUGCCAACACAGAAACCUUGCAGAGCAGUGUGUCAGUAAGUCAAGAUGAUGUGAGCACUUAUGAUCCUGGAGCUGGUGGUGACACAAUAAGAAACUCACGAUUGUCAGCUGAAGCAAAUGAAUUCUAUCCGAGGGACUACAAACAUGCUGUGGCUUCAGGAGACGGGCCGACGGACGUGGAAAAAGAGAUGAUGCCAUCGGAGGUGGUUGCCAGUCGCCUUCUGGACGCAGUGAACUCCAUCACAGUUGAACCUGGAGCGUACCAGAGAACUGUUGACCCGUUCUUAGAGUCGUUUGGGCCAGCGCUCGCAGAUCCACAAGUCGUCAGCACCGUUUUGAACAUCAUCAUUGAGCAGAGUAUAUUGCAGCCCAAUUUCUGUUAUAAUGGAGCUCGGCUGUGUAAAGACCUCAGUGAGUUCUUAGCUAACAAUGAAAAAAUUAACAUCAGAACUAUUCUUUUAGAGAGGUGUAGAAAUGAGGUGGACUUGGUUCUGGAAUAUGUUGAAAGCAACCCACGUCACCUGCAAGGGUUUGUGACGUUUCUGGCAGAGCUGUACAUUCAGCUGGAGCUGAAGCCAGGAAUGAGGUUUCGAAUAGGCAUUCUAGGCAAUGCCCUUCAUGAACUCCUACAAGUUCUGGCGUCAAAUCCGACACCAGAAAACAUCAAGUGUGCCUGCAUGACCCUCAAGUUGGCAGGUUAUGCUUUGGACCAAGAUGACACCACAGCAAUGGACACACUUCUGCAGUCCCUUCAUAAAGUUGCAGUCUCACCUUCUACAAGCAAAUCUGUUGCAAGCAUGAUUGCCAACAUUAAUCAGCUAAGGCUGGCUUCGUGGGGCAUGAGCAACGCGACAGAACCUGGGACGACUGUGACGGAUUACUUCCAGCAUCUCUCGGUGGAGGAUGCAGAACCAGUUUUUUAUGGACCUGAUGGCCAUGUGCUAUCUCAUGAAGAAAGUGAGUUUCUGCAGGAGAACUUGGCUUCUGAAGUAGACUAUGAGGAAUCAUGGUUGAAUGGGAAUCCAGAGUACGAGUGUGAAGGAGAAAUGAAUGAAGAGGAGGAAGAGGCGUAUGAAGAGUUCCUGAGAAUGAACGAGAACAAACAGAAACUGUAAAAUACACAGAAAUUGGAUUAUAUCAUAGAAAAGUACAAAAGACAAAUUGAAUAUUGAUUUAAAAAUUACUCAUGUUGAAAUAUGAUGCAUUUGUUUUUACUAUAUGGUUUUUUUUUUUAUUAUUUUCUUGAAAUUGUAUUUUCUUUUAUUUUACCAUAUAACAGGGAAUGGAAAAAAUGGUUUAUGAUUAUGUUAUUAUUAUUAUAUGUAUUUUACAAAUUUAAGAUAGAAUUUGCACAGUUUAAGAACACUUUUUUAAAUGUGCUAAACCUUAAGUGAUACAGACACACUGUACAAUUCAAAAAUAUAAAGAUUUACAUUUUAAAUUAAAAUCUUGUUGCUGAUGUAUUGUAAAUGUCACCCCGAGUUUAAUGUAAUUCAUAAAAUUGAAUUGCCUUAUGUAACUCAAAUAUUAAUUUUUUUGAGACCAAGUAACAAUUAUUUUUGUAAUAAAUUCUAGUAGAUAAAAGUUAUCAUCAGUUAUUGUGGUGUUGUUCACUUUGAAUAAUACAUCAAAAAAUAUACUAGUAUCUUGGCAGUAAUUUUUUUUAUUGGUGAAAAGUGUGUGGUAUUCUAAUUAACCUAUGUUAAGUAACUGAAUGAGAUUGUUUGAUGUUAUAAUUUAUAGAUGUCGACAUAAAGUUUGUAAAGUUGUUAUUAGGAAAAAUAUAAAUAUAUUUCUAAAAUUGACAUUCGAAAUACUGUUUUAAAACAAAUAUUGUGAUAACAUUUUUAAUGAAUCAACGUUUGUAAUCACAGAAGAAAGCAAAAAAUGAUCACUUAAUGGCACAGUCUACAGAUGAAGGUAGAUUUCAAGUACUUAUUUUUUUGGAAAAUUCUAAAACAUUGUGAUAACUUAAUGUAUGUAACAUCUAUAUGUUCUCCAAUAUUCCCAAAUGACCGAUUAAACAUUUUCUCAUUUCCAUACUGCAAAAA